UAUAAAUCCCCUUCUCUGGCAUAUCCCUCAGCACGGCGGGACGUGAGACCCUGGCACUUCGGUCCCCUUGCAGCUUGUGCCCCUGGCCUUUGGGUUGCUGGGACUUUGAACUCCUCGGCCCCGCUGCCCAAUCCCCGCUAGCUCGUUUCCAUAGGGGGCCCCCGGGCAUUUCUUGGUGGGUGAUUCCUCUGCUCCCGCUGCUGCACCAGGAUGUCGGAGAAACGCGCAGAGGAGGCGCCAGCAGAAGUGGGUGCCAAGGAAGUUGGUGGUGUCUCGAUAAUAGUCAGGAGUGCUGGUAGCAUAGAAUCUGAGGAAUUGAAAGAAAAGAAGGAAAAACUGGAGGAGAAGACUGUCUGCAAAGAAAAGAAGAAGGAGAUAACAGAGGAUGAGGAAAAUGGUGCGGAGGAGGAGGAGGAGAAUCCUGAGGACGUGGAUGAAGAAGAGGCAGGAGAAGAGGAUGAAGAUGGAGAUGAGAAUGGGCAGGAGCAGGACGGACAUGCAGCAAAACGAUCUGCAGAGGAAGAAGAGGAGGUGGGUGAUGGCACUGGAAGCAGAGGGGGCAAAAGGGAUGAAGUUGAUCCAAAGAGACAGAAGACAGAAAAUGGGUCUUCAGCUUGAGUUCUCUCUUCUUACCCUUUUCUGCUCCAUCUAUCUCUCCUCCCUCCAUUCCAGCCUGUGCUUGCACUUCUCAUUUAGCCUCUGGCUUCACACAAUCUCAGAUGAGGAAGGAUUAGAAAUGCUCUCAGACAGAGAAGAGGGCAUGGGACUAAGAGUUUCCCUUCCACC